AUGUAUCUAGCUUCUAUCACUCAGUUUGGGGUAUUGGCGACCCUCCUACUCGCGAUAGCUAAGCCUUUCGGUCGGGGGAUUCGCCACCCUGAGCUCCAGCUAAGGUUCUUGAAUGGCUCGUCGCAAGUCAAGCCGUCGUACGACUACGUUAUCGUCGGAGCAGGAACAGCCGGCUUGACCUUGGCGGAUCGUUUGACGACAGAGGGGAACUCUACUGUUCUGAUUAUAGAAAAUGGAAAAAUAGUGGACUCUCCUAGGAUCGACCAGGUCUAUACCGGCGGCGCUGCCAUGGGACCGACGUGGUCGUAUCGCAUCAACUCCAUUCCCCAGGCCAACCUACGGAACCGGAGUACUGCAGUUUUGGCGGGCAACUUGGUUGGUGGCAGCUCGGCCAUCAACGCUAUGAUGACGGUACGAGGGACUACGGAGGACUACGAUCGAUGGGGCAACUUCUUCGGCAGCAAUUCGUCGUGGUCUUGGAGUGGCAUGUUGCCCUAUUUGAAGAAAGCUCUGAACUUUGCGCCUCCUGAUCCGGUUGUGGCACAAUCGGUGAACAUCACUUACGACACGUCGUUCUGGGGAAACAGCUCGAGCGUCUACGCGGGAUGGCCAUAUUUCCAGUGGCCUGGGCUGGCUACGCAAAUGGAAGCUUUCAAAGACAUCCCCGGAGUCGAGUUUCCGCCAGACAGUGGUGCUGGAAGGGCAGGCGUAUACUGGUUCCCGACGUUCAUGGAUCCCAAACGGGUGCAGAGGUCCUACGCCAGAACCGGGCAUUUCGAUGGCAUCAACAGAACAAACCACGACGUCGUCACCGAGUCGCACGUGAUAAACAUUCUCCUCGAGGACGGGGCGGCUACAGGAGUCGUAUUCCGACAUAAUAUUGGAAACGCCACCACACUUACCACUGUGAAGGCCAACCGAGAGGUUAUACUGUCUGCGGGCGCAAUCCACUCCCCGCAGAUACUGCAGCGCAGCGGGAUUGGGCCGAGCAAGCUUCUCGAGUCUGCGGGCAUUAACACGACGGUCGACUUGCCUGGGGUUGGCCAGAACUUCCAGGACCACCCGAUGAUGUUCAUGAGCAUUACUCUCGCAAACUUCACCGCCUCUCCGAACCCAAUGGAUAUGUUCCGAAACCAGAACUUCAGCGAUUGGGCUCAAGAAGUUUGGAGGGCGAACAAGACAGGCCCGUACUCCAUGGGUAUCGGUAAUGCUGCCGCAUGGCUAGGCAUGCCAGUCAUCGCGCCUGAUAGAUUCGAGGAUAUAGCUGCGAAAUUGGAGAGUCAGGAUCAUGCUGCCCAGCUACCGCCAGGCACCGACCCAACGGUAAUUGCUGGAUAUAGUGCACAGAUGAAGGAUAUGGCAGCGUCGAUUCGAUCCUCAAACACCGCGUUCUACAACCACGUCCUGACAGGCGCGGGGUCCUCAGGCACCUUGGUAGACCUGCACCCCCUAAGCCGCGGCACCGUGAACAUCAACACGACCGACCCCUUCAACACGGAGCCCAUCGUCGACUACCGCGCGCUGACGAACCCCGUGGACCUGGACAUCAUGAUCGAGAUGCUGCGCUUCACCAAGCGCUACUUCUUCGAGACGCGGCUCCGCGAGUUCGGCCCAAGACAGGUGCAGCCCCCCAGCUACGUCGAGGAGCCCGAGGACUUGGCGGGUUUCUUGGCAGAGAACCUCAGCCCGUCCGAGUACCACCCGUCGGGCACCUGUGCGAUGAUGCCGAGGGAGCUGGGCGGCGUGGUCGACCAGCGCUUGAGGGUUUACGGGGUCAAUCGCUUGAGGGUCGUGGAUGCGAGCAUAAUGCCUACGCUGCCGGGGGCAAAUACUUGUCAGACGGUUUAUGCUAUUGCUGAGAAGGCGGCUGAUCUUAUCAUCGCUGACGCGUAA